AUGCGCUCACCCCGAUCCGUCAAAGAAGUACAGUGUCUCACAGGGAAACUGGCGGCACUCAGUAGGUUCAUAUCCAGGUCGGGCGACAAGUGCUUGCCCUUCUUCCAGGCCCUACAACAAGUCAAUAACUUCGCCUGGACACCCGAGUGCGAGGAAGCCUUUGAAAACCUGAAGGUAUACCUUGCUCGCUUGCCCCGACUCGCUUCCCCAGAGCCAGGAGAAACCUCGAGCCUUUACUUGGCGGCGUCAGCACGAGUAGUUAGCUCGGUGCUGGUCCGAGAAACACCACCGCAGCAGCAGCCCGUAUAUUACGUCAGCCACAUCCUCGCCGGCACCGAGGCGCGGUACCCCCCCAUCGAAAGGCUAGCUCUGGCGUUGGUGAGGACAGCGCGAAAGCUACGCCCCUAUUUCCAGUCCCACACAAUCAAAGUCGUCACCGACCAGCCGCUGCAGAAAAUCCUGUCCAAGUUCGACGUGUCGGGUCGAAUGUUACGAUGGUCGGUCGAGCUCAGCGAGUUCGACAUUCGAUACUCUCCGCGGAGCGCCAUAAAAGCCCAGGUACUGGCCGACUUCAUCUCUGAACUAACGCCUGAGGAUUGUGCAGAGGGACGGAAAGAUACCGACCGUGCUUGGACCCUGCAUGUCGACGGCUCCGCCAUCACCGGCGCGGCCGGAGUCGGCCUCAUCCUUAAAAGCCCUACUGGGGAAACCUACGAAAGGUCCAUCCAGCUGCAAUUCCAAGCCACCAACAACGAAGCCGAAUACGAGGCGCUACUACAUGGCCUACGCCUCGCCUUGGAGAUGCAGGUAGACAACCUCGAGGUAUUCAACAACUCUCAGCUGGUGACAGGACACGUAAACGGGAACUACGAGGCCCGGGACCCCACGAUGGCAUCAUACCUGGCGGAAACACAGCGGCUCGCCCGCCUCUUCAGCCGAUUCUCAAUCACACAAGUGCCCCGAGUCCGAAACGCGUCCGCCGACGCUUUGGCAAAAGCAGCCUCCGCACGGGGUUUAGAAAAGGCCCCCGCGACCGAGUCCAUAACAGCGCCAACCAUACCGUCCUGCGGCGUCGUCGAGACCCGAACCCCGCCGAACUGGAUGGAGGAGAUACUCCGCUUCAAGAUAAAUGGGGCGGAGCCCGACGACCCGGCGGCGGCAAGUCGACUGAGACGAACGGGCGCCUGGUAUAGCUUGAUCGGCGGGAAGCUGUACCGCAGAGGGUUCUCACAACCACUCUUGCUCUGCCUCGCGCCCCCCGAGGCCCACACCGUCCUCGCCGAGCUCCACGAGGGAAUUUGUGGGGAUCAUAUAGGGGGUCGGACCCUGGCCUUCAAGGCCCUCCGGCAGGGAUACUACUGGCCAACAAUGCGCCGAGACGCUGCGACAUACGUACGGCAAUGCCAACCGUGCCAACGGCACGCCCGACUGCAGCAUCAACCGGCGGUCCCUCUCAACUCGAUGGAAGUCGCUUGGCCAUUCGCCCAGUGGGGGCUAGACCUCCUCGGUCCUUUCCCUCCGGCCUCGGGGCAACGCCGUUUCCUCAUUGUCGGGGUGGAUUAUUUCACAAAAUGGGUUGAGGCCGAACCACUGGCCUCCAUCACCGAGAAGCAAGUCGAAGGCUUUAUGUGGAAGAACAUCAUCACUCGGUUCGGGAUCCCAAGGGCCAUUAUCACCGACAAUGGGGCCCAGUUCAACAACACGAAAUUCAAGGCUUACUGCUCGUCGUACGGAAUACGACUAAAGUUUAGCUCAGUGGCACACCCUCAGACCAACGGGCAGGCCGAGGUGAUGAAUCGGGCGGUUCUAGAAGGCCUCAGGAGACGAGUCACAGGCGCACUCGGAGCGUGGGUAGACGAACUACCGAGCGUUCUAUGGGCGAUGCGGACUACCCCGAAAACGGCUUCAGGCGAAUCCCCGUUCAGCCUUGCGUUCGGGACCGAAGCAGUCCUACCGCCCGAGGUGGUAUUCCCAACCUUUCGCACCUCGGAUUACAAGCAAGAGGAUUCCGAGGAAGGCCUGAGGCCGCGUCUGGACCUCCUCGAGGAAGGAAGGACCGAGGCCCACCUACGCGCCCUGGCCUACAAAAAGGCCGUGGCACGAAUGUACAACCGAAGAGUCUGUCCUCGCCCAAUCGAGAUUAGAGAUCUCGUUCUUCGUAAGGCGGAAGUGACCAACCCGACCCGGGCGGGAGGCAAGCUCGCACCCAACUGGGAGGGCCCGUACAGAGUCUACGAUAUGGUCCGAGAAGGGACCUACCGACUCGAGACCAUGGAAGGGAGCCGUCUCCCGAGGACCUGGAACGCAAUGCAUCUGAAGAAAUUCUACCCGUAA